AUGGUAUCAGAGCGUUACCGGAGCUACGCCGCGGCAGUCACGGCGGAGACUGAAACCGGUGAUGAAAAUGGUGGCGAGCAAGCUACGUCAUCCGAUCGCAUUCCGAUGAACUCCAGCCCUGUUCAGCUCGUGGAUGAGCUUCACGAUCCUAUGUACUUGCAUGUGACGGAAAAUCCUAACCUCGUGCUCGUUUCUCCUCCUUUGUCAGAAGUUAAUUACGCAACGUGGAGUAGAUCGAUGAGAAUUGCUCUCGAAGUUAAAAACAAAUUCGGAUUCGUUGAUGGAAGCAUAGCAAGUCCUGCAGAGUCCGAUCCGAGAUUUCCGAUCUGGAGGAGAUGCAACAAUAUUGUAUGCUCCUGGAUCUUCAAGGCUCUUAGCCCUAUGAUUGCAGAAGGAGUGCUGUAUUUCGAAGUUGCGGCUGAAAUUUGGAGUGUUCUUAAGAAAAGAUACUCCCAGGUUGAUGCUCACAGGAUUGCGGAACUGCAAAACGAAAUCUACAGGAGCACUCAAGGUAACCUUUCGAUUAAUGAAUAUUUCACUAAAUCUAAUGCUCUAUGGGUCCAGAUGAACGCUAUGAGACCAAUUCCUAAAUGUGAAUGUGUGCCGAGGUGCUCAUGCGCACUCAUUAGCAAGAUUCAGAAGGAAAAACAGGAAGAUCAGAUUAUACGUUUCCUGGAAGGGCUUAAUGAAGAAUAUGAGAACAUUAAGUCCGGAAUUUUGGUUAUGGAUCCCAUCCCUGCUAUGGAGAAUGUCCUUAACAUGGCCCUCAAGAUGGAAAGGAAGCUUAGAAACUCUGGCAUCAUGAAGAAUCCCGAUUUGAUUCAAUCUAAUUCUGUGCAGAACAUAACAAUACAGAAUUCAGAUGACCAGUCCACUGUGGCUGUUGCAACUUCCUUUAACAAAAAGAAGUUCAGCAAUAAUUCUGGAAAGAAUGUUCCUAAGUGUGUGUUCUGUGGGAAAUUAGGGCACACGAUUGAAAAGUGUUACAAGAAGCAUGGUUUCCCACCAGGGUGGAUUCCAGGUUAUAAGUCUAAGGAUAAACAAGCUCAAGAGACUCAGCCUGCUUCUAGCCAAAGCCAAGGGAGUCAUUCAUCUAAUAAUACUGUGACAUUGUCUAACACUGGAAUCAAUUCAGAUUCCAGGAAGGUUGCAGAGAAACAUAAUGAAGAUUCUGGUGCAACUGACCAUAUCACUAGUUCUUUGGACUACUUUGAAUCUCAUUAUGCUGUUCAUGGAGUAUCAGUAAGGCUGCCUAAUGGGGAAACAGUUGAUGUUACUCACAUUGGGAAUAUUAAACUUCACAUGGAUAUGAUGUUGAAAAAUGUGUUGUUUAUUCCAUCUUUUUCCUUUAAUAUUGUUUCUGCUAGCAAGCUGGUAAGAGAAUCAGGAUGUGAAAUUAUUAUUGGGGCUGAUUGCUGUGAUGUUCAGGGCCAUCUUGGGAGGGUGGAUGGUUUUGCUAAAGAAAAGGGAGGAUUAUCUGCUCUCCAACCCUCCUAUCAGGAAGAAGGUCCAUUCUGUUCAGUCUGCUAA